AUGCGUCCUUUAUUGACCRCUACGAUAAUCGUCUACCGUCUAGCGUGCGGCGUGGGCUGGAUUGACCCGGAGAUGUCCGUGGACGAUGUUGCAACUUCAGUUGGUGGAUCCGGUUCACAGACACGUUGGGGAAAACCAAACAACUACAGCCAACAUAGCAUGUUCGAGUGUUUGCGAUGCGCUGAAGGAUGCGACGAGUGCAUCGACUCUAGUCCCUGUAUAGCAUCAUUAAACUGGGUACUCCGAACGAUUAUACUAGUGCUGUCAAUGGUCAUAAUCGGAUGCCUUCCGCUGGUCGUGUUUUUUACAUGGAAAUACGGACAUCUAAAAGUUGUCCGAGCAGCUAGUCCGGCAUUGCUCAGAGUUAUUGCUCUUGGUGCGUUUUUUAUUUAUGCUACGAUGAUUGUGAUGUAUCCAAAACCAAAUGUGAUUACUUGUAUUGCUCGUGUCUGGCUUCGAGAAAUUGGAUUCUCACUCACCUAUGGAGCAUUAAUGCUAAAAACCUGGAGGAUAUCAGUUAUAUUCAGGGUGAAAUCAGCAAAAGUCGUGAAAAUCACCGAUAAGGAUUUACUAAAAAGACUUGGGCUAAUGAUGGCGGUAGUUGGCUUGAUAAUGCUGAUAAGAACUCUUGUCAAUCCGCCAUAUAUUAUAGUAGGUAGAACUGCAGAUAAUUUAAAAACAGAUCUGUGUCCAACUGGAUGGUGGGACAGAUUCUUCUCAAUAUUGGAAGUAUUAUUUUUAGUUUGGGGUAUCCGUCUCUGUAUUGUUGUGCGAAAAGCACCAUCAGAAUUCAACGAGAGUCGAUUCAUGUCAAUGGCUAUCUACAAUGAAUUUAUUCUCUCAGUCUUCCUGAACGUAUCAAUGUUUUUUCUACAGUCGCCGGCUAACCCUGACUUGCAGUACAUCAUUUUCUUUUGCCAUACUCAACUCACAGUCACAACUUUGCUAGGAUUUAUAUUCGCUAGUAAGGCAUAUUUAGUGAUGAGAGGUGAUGAAGCAAACGAUGAAGACGGCCAGAUAAAGAGUAUUAAAGUGACCGGUGGUAGUAGAAUGUUGAGUAAACAGACUAGAAAUUCAAACAAAGCUAAUAACUCCACAUUUUGUGGUUUGGAAGAAUCUAGCACUGACUUUGUGCUAACGGAAACAGACGCACAAGAAGAAUUUGCUCAACUCUUCAAGCAGCUGGAUGCCCUUAAAGAGAAAAACUUGAGGUUUGGCAACAGGCAUCUGGCUGAAAAGAUAUCGGCUAUGCAAGAGGUGAGCAAACGCGUAGUUUGGUCUACCAAUAUCGACAAAAAGCCAGUGGCUGCAGUUGUUGGCAGUUUCGCGUUCACUAACCACCACCAUGGCUGUAGUCACCCAAUUAGCGGUAGCCAAAAAUCAUUAGUCGUUAAUCAAAAUGGCAAGAAACCGUUUAUGAAAGAAGUGACGGUGUGACGUACAUUAUAAUAUACUGUAAAUAAUUAUAG